AUGCCUCGUUACAGCGUUGGUUUUACAAUACACGAAGCUGUUUUUUCUGGUACUAAUUCCCGGAAACCGAUCGACCCCUUGGUGGUUGUCCGUUGUUUUGAUAAAGAAUUUGUUACUUCUGUUAAGCCAUCUAAGACAGUAGUUGCUUGCUGGGAUGAGAGUCAUCAAUGGAAUAACAUUGAAUUGUCGCAAAAGUACUGGAGUUCUGGAGUUAUAGAGUUCGAGCUUCAGUCUGCCAAUCCGUUUUGGAGGAACGAUACUUUGGGCUCUACUGCUCUGCAGUUGAAGUUAAUUUCAACAUUUAGGAAUAACACCUUUUCAGGCGCUCUCCCACUAACUGCGCCCAAUUCAGUACGCAUAAUAGGCCAUCUGAGAAUUACUGUAAACGCCUAUGAUUUAUCACAUGAAGCCCUAAACAAUGCACAGCCUUCACUUACUAAGGAAGUUGAGGUUCAAAAGACUAACAACCUUGAAAUUCCACCACUCACAAGUCCUCUAGUUUACAGGAGUGCGGUAUCAACUGAGGUUCCAAAGCUCUAUAAAUACUUCCAUCUGUAUAUUAAUGUAUACACUCUCGAGGAUGUUGAGACUGAGCUUUUCGGAUUCAGCCCACAUAUAACCUGCGAAUAUGCAGGGUGUAGAUUACAGUCCUCCAAACCCAUCAGAGUAAAGGGAAUCACCAACACCAUGCGCUCAGAUCCUGAAAUCUCUUCAACUGAGGAUAAAACCUCACUUGAUAUAAUCAGUGAGAAGAUAACAAACUAUAUGAGCGCUAGAACCAGUUUACUCGCUUAUAACACUGAGGUCAGAAGGUCAAAUUACACCUUCAACCAGUGCUUUUUAAUGCCAGUGAGUGUAGCAGUAGGUGAACCCACUUUGGAAGACAACAUUAUUCUGAGGGUUUGGAAGGGCUUCUCUAUAGAACUUCCAACCAUCAGCAAAUCUGAUGGCAGUGUAACUGGAGGGAUCAGCAACAAAUUACUCGCAGAAGGCAAUUUUUCACUUUCUAAACUCAGAUCUGAACGUCAAAGAGCAAGAUGGUUUAAUUUCUACAAGUCAACUGAUUCAUCCCUUAUCACCACUAACACUAAUGUUGACAAUGAUGAUGUUAAUAAUAGUAAUGGUACUGGUAACACCGAUGAUUGUGGAGGAAUAAAUGAAUAUUACGCUGGAAGAAUAUUGAUAAGUGCAAGUGUUAAGAGGAUAAAUAAGGCUUCAGAUGUGUUGAAGGCUCAUGUGGCAUCAUCACACCAACUCGAACCUCUUUCACCUAGUCCCACCAGGAUCUUUUGUGACGUUUUCGCAGUCGAGUCUCCCAACAACUUUACCUUCUCAGAGCCAUUUGAAGUUUGCUUGGAGAUCUCUUGCGGUCCUUACAAGUCUACUACUGAAUGGCAAAGUAUUUUGUAUCGGAAGGACGUUUCAGCUGUUUUGAAUCGGGAUUUACAGUUCUUAGGCUAUAAUGAUGGACCUGACGGUCAACUAAAUUUGAAUCACACAGUUGAUAGGAUAACAGGUUGGGUGUGCAACUUUGAUUCAGUUCAGGGCAGAUUACAUCCUAUGGAGUUACUUGUUUCCUACCAUCCUGAGGAGCAGUGGUACAUCUUCAUUAGAGUAAUUGCAAGGAGGAAGUCUGAUAAGAAAAACGUUUCAAUUUUAGGUUCUUCAAAGUUCACGUUUGACGACUUACCAAGCUACAAGCCAAACACCGUUAAGGUUCCAGUAUGGAUUUCACUCUUUACAGGAUCAAAUAACACUUCAAACAUUAUAAACAACACUCUUAACUUAUUGAAUGAGCUUAACGGACCGAAAGCUUUAUCAAGAACAAGCAGUAUUAGCACCGCUGACACAGACUCGCCCACCGAUUUUAUCAAUGUUAACACUGGAAUUAGUAAAAAUUCAGGCUUCUUGAAUGUAUUAUUGAGUUUGGAGAAGGAAAUGUUUUAUUCAUCCACUUUCAAUUCAUCUAGUAAUAAGCAGUUCAGAGUAGCAUCUCAUAGCAGAAGAACCUCAAUGGUUCUUAUGGAUUACGAACUCAGGUGCUACCUAUAUAGCGCGAAAAUGGAUAAAAUUUACGAUAAUAUAACCGUCUCAGUAACUUGUGAAGGAAGAAAGAAAACUACGACUCCAAGAAAAAACAAAUCACUAUUCCCUGUUUUCAUGGAAUGCCUUACCAUUUCCACUUCCAACCUCACUCCAGUCAACAAUAUUCUACCAAAUGUUCCAAUUCUAAUUACUCUAAACACAAAGCACACAGAAGAUAGAUACUCAUAUUCUGACACUUUUACCAAUAAUGCUAAUAAUAAUAGUCAUAAAACUCGGUUAGUUAAGAGAAGAGAGAAGAUAAAUGUUGAAGAAGUGUUGUAUAGUGCAGUAACAACUUAUAACAGAUUAAUAAGUUCUUCAAGUGGUCAUGAUCAAACUGGUGGAGUUCCUAGGUGGCUCAAGAUUGGAAAUUGUGAACUCCUUUUAUUUGUUGACAUGGUAACCAAAUCUGAGGCUAAAUCAGUUCCUAAGUUCCAAAUGCUACCAAAUGUUCAAGACAUUAAUGUACAAUUAGGCCUUAUCGGUCUCAGAAACCUUAAACUAUCUCCUAACACUUCCUCUGAUAAUAUGAAUAAUCUUCCUAAUAGCGUGAAUAAUGUAGUAUUAAAGGCCAGUGUCCAAAAUUACGGCAUUUGUACCGACGACGAGCAAUUUUAUGAGAUAAUGUGUAGCUCUGAGCAUUCAACAGUCUGGGUAACUGAUGGCGAACGGAAUUAUGACAUUUUUGCUGUUCAUUCUCUUGAAUUUAAGAGCCCAAUGGGUCUUAUUUUUGACCCUUAUCUAGAGCUAAAACUACUAAAUGAUGAUACUGGUGAUAUACUGGGUCACUGCUGUUUCCCUUUAUAUAAGAAUAAUAAGGUGAUGGAAAAAUACAGUUACAUGAAAGAUUUAAGACACUCUUUGGUCCCAAGGCGAAUGUUUGAGGUGUUUGACAAUCUUCAAAAAAGCGGGAAUCGAGGCUCUUACGAACUGUUUGACUCCGUUAAGAACUCUUCAGGCCAGGUUGACAAUGCUCUAGCUGAAGUUUUCCAGCAGUUCCAUACCACUAAAGAGUUUAAGAAAAUGGUUGAAUCUCUUAAGUUUGACAACACCAGUGUUUUAGUUCCUCCUAAGUUUCUACUGACGAUUGACGGUGAAAAAGUUGUGAACUCAAGUUCUCUACCCUAUAACUUGGUUUCGGACAGUAACAUUGAGGAAGUUCUAAUCGACAUUCCCUACAAAAUGCAGCCUUUAUUUGUCAGGAGUGGUGGUGGCAAGAAACUUUGGUCCAAAAAUUCACGUGAACUAAUGCAACAGGGUGGAACCAAUGACGAGAGUGAAAUGGGCAGUUUAAAAUACUUUUUAACCGUUUCGGACUCUAGCGGAUAUCGCUACUGCUCCUAUGAUGAUCGGUAUAAAGACAUAGCAGUUGAACCUACCAAGAUGUUCCGCAUGUUCAGAACAAGCUUAAAAUCAUCCUUGUUUAAGAUGAGACUUUGUCUACUUACUAGUUCCAGCUUUCCAUGCACCCAGGAAGGUUCCAACUCCUAUCUUGCAGUUGAAAUCGCCUCGAGACAAUCUAGAGAACUACUUGGAGUUUCUGAUGGUCUUAUCAGCAACAUCAACAAGAGCUAUGAAAGGGAAAUUUUCCUUCCUGAACAUUCAUUAAUAAACUUCAAAGUCAUUGAAUCAUACAAUAGUUUUACAGGGGAUACUAUUGAAAAGUUGAUAGCUAGGGGAUAUAUUGAUGUUGAGAACCGCUGGUUCAGUAAAUCUUGGCAGAAAAUGCAGCGGGACGACAGUGUUCCAAUUGAGCGCAUUUUACUCUAUGAAAACGGUCAUGUUCAGGGUCACGUGAAUGUCCUCUUACAACUUGAUAAAAUCGAUAAAUUUCACCUUCUUAAGACUAUUAACUUGAAUGUCACGCAAACUUCAACUGUCGAAAUCAGGUUAGUAAUUUGGUCAAUUCGUGAUGCCAAAAUUCCCUUCGCUGAGAGUAAAAAAGAAAUGCUGGACUUGUUUGUAUGUUCUAGUUUAGAUUGUCAUACUUAUUCCGGCUCUUAUUCCACUGAACAGAAAACUGACAUUCACUACAACUGUGACUCUGGAGAUGCUACUUUCAACUGGCGUGUUGUUUAUCCUGAGGUUAAAACUCCUCUUGGCGCUUGUCACCUUCAGCUUUCUCUCUAUGAUUUCUGGAAGAUUGGGAGUCCCAUCUUCAUUGGGGAUGUUAAUCUUGAAUUGAAAAGUUAUAUAAACACUGUGUCAACUACUGGCAAUAAAGUUAAAGUUAGUGGUGAACUUCCUCUUUAUCCAAAUCCCAAAUCUACUCCCACUGGGUUCAUUCAAGUUACUCUUCAAGUUCUCACUCAAUCUGAAGCCAAUACCAACAAUGUUGGACUUGGCAGAGAAGAACCGAAUCGUGAUCCAUAUUUGAUGGUCCCCAAUGCUGGUAGACAAUGGAAAGACUGGCUUGCACACACUGGAUUAUCUAUUGACUUCUCAGGAUACAACCUCUACAUCAAGAUGGUUGGUUGUUUCUUACUAUUAGUUUGGGUGGUUGUUAUAGCUUUCAUUUAUCCCGCUAUACUAUUAUAA